AUACCGAUUGCGGUCACCCUGAUGGUCAGCUGGUCCCACCAUCACAUGACCUGUCAUAUGAAACUUUUUUCACUCUGACAGCGCAAAUCGACGUCGGGCCGUGCAAAUCGAAAACUUUUUCACACUUUUCGUUUGUAGUUUUUGUUCAUUUUUGUGCGUCCACGAAGCGAGAUCCAGGCAACACAAAAAUGUUGUGGAAAUCGCUGAUUGCGUUGUGCGUCAUUGGAGUCGCCUUGGGCGAGCAAACGCCCGUUUUUCUUUGGAGCGCCAACAGCCUGUCGAAGCCAUCGCUGCGCACUGUGCCACAAGCCGAGUUUGCAGAGCAGCUGGCGACUUUGCUGAAAGAUCACAUGGUUGUGGCCUUCGAGGAAAAUGGCCUAAGCAACAAAGAUUUUAUGUGCUCCAACGCCGAGGCCAAGUCGUGCUACGCCCAGCUCCAGGGUGUUAGCCCAAAGACCUAUUACACCAGCGUCGAGAAUCCCUCCGAGGCACUGCGCGCUGCGGCCACGAAGCGUGAGCACAACACCAUCGAUGCCACCGGCAAACUGGCUAAUCCCGUCAAGUGCGAAGUGGGCUCAGCUGUGUUUGUGACCUUCAACGAUGCUGCCGAGACUCGUGCCGCUACUUUGCAGUCGCACGAUACCGCCAUUGCUGCAAUCAGCAAGAAUCUAGAGUGCAAUGUGGCUUAUCUGUAUUUGGCUGCACCAGCAACUGCACCAACAGUGCAGCGUCGUGUGCGUCGUUGGACUGCCGCCGAGACCACUGGCUACCGCUUCGCCAGCAGCUAUCAGUUUCAAAUCACCUUUACAAGUGUUCUUUACAACAAUGAGGCACUUACUAUUGCCUCUAUGGCCGUCACCAACUCGACAACACCCAACACCAAGUUUUCCGUUACGCUAUCCACCGCGGCUGGCAAAUCCAUUACCUUCGACCUCAGCUAUAGCAGCUCUGAUGGCUACUAUACCCUGAGCAAUGCUGUAUACGACGGAACUGCACUGUACACUCCUGGCGUCAACGCACCCAGCACGUUCUCAUACACCUGCGGCAAUGCCACCUGGUAUGAUAGCACGACCAACAAGCUGCAGUGGAAUUCGCUGCAAUUGCAGGCAGGAUUCAAAGCCGGCGCCGACAUCGUUGCCUUUGGCGAUUCAUGGGAUUGCGUUGGCUUCGUUACGCCCGGCAUUCUGAUGGGUCUGUUUGUGCUUGUCAUUUUGCUGGUCAUUGUGUUCCUUGGUCUCUGCUGGAUGAUGGACAUCAAGACAAUGGAUCGCUUUGACGAUCCCAAGGGCAAGACCAUUACGAUCAAUGCCAGUGCUGAUUAAGCAAGUGCAGCAUUACAGAAUUCAUUACUGUUUCAUUUACCGUUUUAUGUUUUCUGCAUCAUGUUUACUGCCACAUUUUGAAAAGUGCGCGUAUAUUCAAUAUUCAUUCCUACCUUCAACUACAUAAUAUGUAAUCGAUAUAAUACUUUAACAAUAUCUAUAACAAAACACAAAAAAAAAAAGAACGGAAAUUAGCGCUCACAAUCUAUAAAUCAUAUA